GCCCAGCCUCCGUCAAGCCUCAAAGAAGGAAAGAUGGCUGCAAGGUUACUGCUCCGCUCGGCCUUUAGAGCCGCUAGAACCUGCCGGGCUGCUCCGGCCCCGGCUCUGACCCGCGGGAUGGCUGCUGGAGGCAUUCCCACUGAUGAGGAGCAGGCUACAGGAAUGGAGAAGAUCAUCAUGAAGGCCAUGAAGGACGGGACGGAUCCCUACAACAUGAUGAGACCAAAGGUGUACGCUGGCUCCAAGGCCGACCCCCACCUCGUCCCCUCCAUCACAAACAAGAGGAUUGUGGGAUGCGUCUGUGAGGAAGACAACACGGCCGUGGUCUGGUUCUGGCUCCAUCAGGGCGAGGCCCAGCGCUGCCCGUCCUGCGGCGCUCACUACAAACUGGUUCCUCACGAGCUCCCUCACUAACCCCCCUCCUCUCCCCUUCACUCUCCAGGAAGUCCUUCCCUCUCUUUCAACCCUUUACUUCCUGGUCUUAGGUCGUGAGCUGUCGUCUGAUUGGUCUACUUGAUUAACGUGCUGACCUCAUCAGUCUUUGUUUUACGUGUUGGCGUGAACACGGGGAUCACAUGUGGUUUGGGACUCAACAGAUUCUUCAAACAUUUCCACUCACCAGCAGUUUACAUUCACACAUGUACUGUACCAUGUUACUCUCUCUUAUUUACAGAUAAUAAAGUUACAGCUAAUAUUUGUGAUGUUUAGGAGCUUUUUGUUCUUUACCUCAAACCGUUCCUGCAGAAAUGUACAGAAUCCUCAGGAUGUUACACUCACUUCUGUUGAAAUAAUAAAAUCUGAAACUCCCGUUUAAA